CAUUACCCGUUUAAAAAUAUCAUCUCCACUUCAUGAACGCGUUAUCAGAGUUCAGAGAGCGUGACCACUGCUGCUCUCGAAUUUUUGCUUCGCUGGCUUCACAACCGUCAACCGGCCGACGCGCCGUUAUCUCUGUCCUCCUCCGUCUCCUUUCACCGUCCAAAAAUUUCUAGAAUUUUCUCUAACCCGGCAUUUCGCCAAUUCUUAAUUACAAAACCCAACUCUCAUUUUUCCCAAAUUUCCAGCCAAUUCACCAAUCUUUCUCUUUCAACGCAAAUGGGGGUUGAUUACUAUAACGUACUGAAAGUUAACCGGAGCGCCACGGACGAUGAUCUCAAAAGGGCCUACAAGAGGCUGGCGAUGAAGUGGCAUCCCGAUAAGAAUCCCGUUAACAAGAAAGAUGCCGAAGCUAAGUUCAAGCAAAUUUCUGAAGCGUAUGAUGUUCUCAGCGACUCGCAGAAGCGUCAGAUCUAUGAUCUAUAUGGGGAAGAGGGGCUUAAGUCUUUUGAGUUUGGUGGGCCCGGUAAUGAGGGGAAGAAGUCGACGACCACUUACAACACGACGUGCGGGUUCAAUCGGCGGGAUGCGGACGAUAUUUUCAACGAGUUUUUCGGCGGAUCUGGUGGUACGGGUGGUGGGAGUGGGAAAAGUGGGUUUUAUAAGAACGGGGAGACGGGGAAUGAGGGGAACAGGAAGGCGGCGGCGAUUGAGAGCAAGUUGACGUGCAGUUUGGAGGAGCUCUAUAAAGGAGCUAGAAGGAAGAUGAGGAUUUCGCGUUCUGUUCCUGAUGAUUUCGGCAAGCCAAAGACUGUGGAGGAAAUCUUAAAGAUAGAUAUCAAACCGGGGUGGAAGAAGGGCACAAAAAUCACUUUCCCAGAGAAAGGCAACCAAGAACCUGGUGUUAUUCCAGCUGAUCUAAUCUUCGUGGUGGAUGAGAAGCCCCAUCCUGUUUUUAGGCGGGAUGGGAAUGAUCUGUUGGUCAAUCAGAAAAUCUCAUUACUAGAGGCUCUCACGGGGAAGACUGUUGAUUUAACAACUUUGGAUGGAAGGUAUCUCACGAUCCCAGUAACGGAUAUUAUCAAACCAGGCCAUGAGAUUGUGAUAUCGAAUGAAGGAAUGCCCAUCUCGAAAGAACCACACAAGAAAGGAAACCUUAAAAUAAAGUUUGAUGUCACAUUCCCAUCAAGUCUCACAGCAGAACAGAAAUCUGAUCUCAAGAGGGUCCUGGGCGGUGUUGAUAAGUAAAUAAUUCAUGAUUCAAGCUUGUGUUGCUGAUCAUCCAUCAAUACUAAUUAUAUAUUAGUUAAUUGGGUAUAAAUACAUUUGCAUUUUCCACUGUUCUAGAGCAAGAUUGUGCAUAGUAGGAAGAAAGAAGCAUUUUAAUCACUAUUAUUAGCUAUGUGGCUUGAGAAAAAACUAGCUAUUAUCAAAGUUGUGACAAGAUGACUUCUAAUUGAAAAUUGAAUACUAAUGACUAAUAAUUUUUAGUUCCUUUUGCUUUGAGGGGGGAAAAUCCUCUGUGUUAUGUACUCGAGAAAUGAUGACAUUUAAUGCAUUAACCUGUUUCUUGAC